GUGAAUCACCGGAAUGUGAUAAAAGUUUCAAAGCCAUGUCCAAAUGUUGUACCCAUCGUACGGUGCCUGUUUAUCCAACUCUGUUCUGUUCAUGUCCCAAUAUUCAUCUUACCCACACUUCACAGAGGCUGUAACGUGUCCCGUUGGAGGUCCACGAUGGCCAAUCAUUGUCUUGGACUCAGAAUACAUCAGAGGUUGCCAGUUUUAGCUGGGGUAUAUCCUUGUUCAUCCUCUUAUUCACUCACUUGUGCUGCUCGUUCCGUUCCCAGUCCAUCAGAUUCGCUGAAGAGGUGGAAAAUUGGGGGUCGAGCUCCUCGCCGCCUGGUAUUGGGCCUGGGGGUGUCCGUUUUGGCGCAGUUCAUGAGCAUGGCUGAUACAGCUGGAAGGAAUUCUUUCAUUGCCUCUGCUAGGCAAAAGUCUAAUGUUGAGGAGAUAUUGAAGAAUGCGGAAUGGCCAGAGCAAUUCCCCUUCAAGGAGGAGGAUUUCCAGCGCUUUGAUGAGUCACCAGAUUCAUUGUUCUAUGAAAGCCCACGCUUUGUGACUCACAUUGAUGAUCCUGCCAUUGCUGCACUGACAAAGUAUUACUCAAAGGUUUUUCCUCCUAGUAACACUCCUGGAGUAAGCAUCUUGGAUAUGUGUAGCAGUUGGGUCAGCCAUUUUCCAGCAGGAUACAAGCAAGAUCGGAUUGUUGGAUUAGGUAUGAAUGAAGAAGAGCUGAAGCGAAAUCCGGUUCUGACAGAGUAUGCCGUGCAAGACUUAAAUCUGAACCCUAAAAUCCCUUUUGAAGAUAAUUCCUUUGACAUUAUUACUAAUGUGGUCAGUGUUGAUUAUCUAACAAAGCCUUUAGAUGUUUUCAAGGAAAUGUGCCGGACUCUUAAGCCAGGUGGACUGGCUAUAAUGAGCUUUUCCAACCGAUGCUUUUUUACAAAAGCCAUUUCUAUAUGGACAUCAACUGGCGACACUGAUCAUGCUUUGAUUGUCGGGUCAUAUUUUCAUUAUGCCGGAGGAUUUGAACCUCCUCAGGCCGUCGAUAUCUCUCCCAACCCGGGACACUCAGAUCCUAUGUACAUCGUAUACUCGAAAAAGUUAUCUACAGCUUAAGUGAAGCAAACAAGAUUUGAAGAGUUAUGGUUCUUUUUUCUUUCUAAUUAGUGACCUAAUUCUGAGAGUAAUGAUACACACCCUUAUGCAUUUAAAUUUGUAA